AUGGGGACAUGAAGCAUAAUUACACCCCCAGCUAAUUUGGGCGUGCAUGCAUGUGUGAAGUAAACUAAAGCACAGCCAGUUUAAUACAACAGCAUUCAUUUCACCUGUCUGUGUGCAUGUUCAUGAAUGGCUUCCUUAGGGCUGAUGGAGGUGUGUGUGUCCAGUGAGAUAUUACAGCAUCUUUUAGACCAGGGCAGGAGAACAAGCCUUAGAGUUAAUUGGUUACAGCAACAGUGAGAUCUGCCCCAGAUUACGAACUUCCUGACUCCCAUCUCUGUCCAAAUCUCUGGUCAGAUCACAAGCUGCAACUUGGCUGGGUGAUUCUGGAGAUGUUAAUCUCAAAUAAUGUGUAUCUCUAGAUGUAAUGAUACAUUCCCACACAGAGAUGUUCUGUUUAGGGGAUGUACAGAGAGAGGCAAAGUCUUAAACUAGAAACCUCUGCCACUCUCGGAGUCAUUAUCCUGCCUGGACAACCCCAAAACACGGUGUAUAGUAGCCUAUACCACCCGCAAGCACACGAUGGCACAAGAGACUCUUAUUUUGGCUACAUUCUUCCUAUAGCAUUACAAACCGGAAAUACAAAAAACAAUAACAUUGAGCGAAGCCACUGUCGCGAUCACGUUUAUUCCAGAGACAGGUGUGAUCCAGAGGCUAGACUUCACCGAAUCCAAAUAAUAGUGAAGGUUAUAAUUCGACUACGUGACAUCUUGAAAAGUCCGUUGAUCUCACGGGAUCCUGCCUUGGCUCGCGAGUCUCGCUGCGGGUGAAGAGAGAAUGGCGAAUUACCGAACGUUCCACUCACAGCUCACGAGUAUCAUGGAGACGCUGACUCGCGCGGCUGUGGCGGAGAUAUGCGAGCUCGUGGAUGACGGUUAUGCUGUACUGCACUUAGAGAUCUCGCGCCACCAGAAGGAGAACGAGGAGCUGCGGCAAAAGCUGCAGCUGAUUGAGAGCAUCAUCGCGCGCGGCGCCGGUGGAGGACCAGCGACAGAGAAAACCGUCGCUGCGCGUGACACUCGUGGCCUUGAUGGGCUGGGGCGCGAGACGCGCGGGAAGCUAGUGAUGGUGGAAGAGUGUAUGUCACGUGACGUGGAAGAGAGCCAGCCAAUCACUAUACAGGUUAAACAGGAAGAACCGGAACUUCAUGGAACAGGUGCAGGCGAACAUGGAGAAGGGGUUGAUGUUACCCAGGAUUCUUUGGGUGAAGACGUGGAGGAGGUGCCCACUGACAUGGCAACUCAGAGAGCUCUGAGUGCCACACACACACACACACAUGCAGACAGCCUGGACACACACGCACACACCCGUGCAGACAGCCUGGACACACACACACUCACCCACUCUGCUCUAGAACUGUCCUCGGCCAUUCUGCUAGAGAGUGAUGAGGAGAAUACACUGGCCGACACUCUGGACUCACACACACACUCCGACGCACACACAGACUCGGACACACACACCCAGUCGGAUGCCUUCUCGGACAUACAACACACUCCUUCUGACCCGCAGGUGGACGCACAGCUGGACACACACGCCCAGGCGCUGUCCUUCCUGGACAGAGUGUGUGUGAAGCGUGAGGGCGCGGUGGCCGGAGUGUGUGAGCUGGUGGCGGACUGGCGCUCACGCUCGGCCAACGCACGACCCGCCCUCACGCACACACACACACACACCCUCUCACACACACACACGGCCCUCUCACACACACACACGGCCCUCUCACACACACACGGCCUACCCUCCUCCGGCGGCCUCUCACACACACACUCUGCCCUCUUCAGCCUGCUUCCCCGCGCACACACACACGGUCAGGCGCUCACACACACACGCUCGGGAGGCGGUGGGUGCAAGCGUAGCUUCAUCUGCGCGUUCUGUGGUAAGAGCUUCACGACAGCGCAGAGUCUGGACACACACGCCAAGAUCCACAUCGGCGAGCCCGCCUGGCUAUGGGCAGUCGGCCAGCGCCACACAGUCGGGUCACCUGACCGCCCACCAGACCGUCCACACGGGCGAGCGGCCCCACCCCUGCGUGCACUGCUCCAAGCGCUUCGCCGGGAAACAAUCUGA